AUGGAGCGUGUGCAGGAACUUUCUCCUUCUGCUCAUUGGUUUGAAAGAAGUUCAUCCAGCGUUGGCUAUCCAGGAACAUUCAACGCCCAUGCAUUUGAGGAUGCUAGAGGAGAUUAUUGGGAGAGGAUGUACAGCGGCAGAUUUCACGCAUACCUUGGUUCGAUAUCGUCCGCGUCACUGUUGGACAGAAGGGAGUUGGAAUCGUCAUCCGGAUCACUUGGUCAAAGAGAAGCAGACGUAAAGUCCCCAGCGCCACAGUGGAUGAAGCCAUCUGGUUCCGAUGGAAUGAGAAACCAGGACAUAUCAGUAUCGAGUCUUUUGGCAAGAUUUCACGUUUAA